UUGAUUCAUACUUAGGUGAAAGUUGUCCUUAAUGUAGAUACCUCUAUUAUUCUGUAAGAAAUAAUAUGGCGAAGCUAGUGAAAUACAUUUUACGUUGUAAUUGUUUUGUUCGUGAAUAAUCGUAUUGAGACCGUACAUUAAGAUUGUUGCUAUCCAGUUUUAAUGUAUGAACAAUUCAAUAAACAUUCAGUAACAUGGAAGAAAAAGAUGUAACGUUUAUUUUGCAACUUGGGUUGAUCCGUGACUCAGUAACAUUGAAUGCAUCUUCUUUUACUUUGAGAACUUUAAAAGAAGCAGCAUGUGAUUUUGUAAACAUAAAAUGUCCUGAUCAUGGCCUUACUCGAUUAGCUGAGAGAAUUUUACUGUUCCGUCAUAAUUAUUCAUGUGAUCAAAUUCUUGUACCUGUAAAUAAUGUUAUUGACAUAAGUGAUGAAACUAUAAUUGAAAUUAUUCUGUCAGGUCAAUCAUUAUCUGAAGAAUAUGAGAGCUCAGUUAUUAAGCCACAUUCUUUAGCAGUACAUUCAUACAAAACUCCAACAUUUUGUGAUUAUUGUGGCCAAAUGUUAUUUGGGAUUGUACGUCAAGGUUUAAAAUGUUCAGGUUGUAACUUAAAUUACCAUAAAAGAUGUGUUGUCAAACUUCUCAAUGAUUGCGGAGGUGGAAGCAGACAUAAAAAUAGACAUAAAUCAAGUACUUCUAAUUUGAGUGUUUCAAAUCGUAGUCCAUCAAAUAUUUCAUUAAUAUCUGCAGUAUCAGAUGAAUCAGGAAUUAGUGGAAAUUUAUUAAAUGUACCCAUGAAGAGUAAAAGCCGAUCACCAUCACCUGUCAAAAUACCACACACAUUUGUUAUACAUUCAUAUACUAGACCUACAAUAUGUCAACAUUGUAAGAAAUUGCUUAAAGGAAUUUAUAAACAAGGAGUGCAGUGCAAAGAUUGUCAUUAUAAUGUGCAUAAAAAGUGUAUGGAUGAUGUGCCAAAAGAUUGCAUUAGUGAUUAUCCAAUAGAUUUAAAUGAAAGUGGUGUAGGCAGUGAAUCUGAGCAUGAAGGAUCUGGCAGUAAAGGUGAAGACGAUAGUGAUGGUGAAAAUAAUACACCAUCACCUCCUUAUGUUGUUCCACCAAUGGUAACAAAUUCUCAGAAUGGACAAAGUUCUUGUAAUCUGGAGACUGUAGGACAUUUCGCAGAUAAUAUAAAUCAUACUCCUCAAGAUGAUUUAAAUUAUGUUGGUUCUACAUCCAGUAAUAAUAUUCCAUUGAUGCGAAUUGUUCAAUCUAUCAAACAUACUAAGAGACGGUGUGGUUCAAAAGUCAUCAAAGAGGGUUGGUUAGUUCAUUUUACUAACAAAGACAAACAAAGAAAAAGUCAUUAUUGGAGAUUGGAUUCAAAAGCUAUUACACUAUUUGUUAAUGACAAAACAUCAAAGUAUUACAAAGAAAUUCCUUUGUCUGAAAUACUUUACAUUGAUAGUGCUAUAGUUCCUCGAGCUCCUGGUCCAAUUCAUUGUUUUGAACUUAAGACUACUAACCUUGAAUAUUAUGUUGGUGGUGAAGAACCUAACUUAUCUGUUGGGAUAAAUGCGGAAGAUAAUUGCAAUAGUACUUGGACCAAGGGAGAAAAAGACUGGGAGAGUAUAAUUCAACAGGCAUUAAUGCCUGUACCAUCCAAUCCCACAAUGCCACGUUCAGUUAAUGAGUCUAAUGAGCAACAACAAAAUGUCACAGAUAUGAGUCAAUUGUAUCAAAUAUUUCCUGACGAAGUGUUGGGUUCAGGUCAAUUUGGUAUUGUUUAUGGAGGUAAACAUAGAAAAUCAGGUAAAACUGUUGCUAUUAAAGUAAUAGAUAAACUAAGAUUUCCUACUAAACAAGAAGCUGCUUUAAAAAAUGAAGUAGCCAUUCUUGGAAAAUUAGAACAUCCUGGUGUGGUGAAUCUUGAUUGUAUGUUUGAGACAACAGAGCGUAUUUUUGUAGUCAUGGAAAAAUUAAGAGGAGAUAUGUUGGAAAUGAUAUUAUCCAGUGAACGUAGAAGGUUAUCUGAACGUAUUACCAAAUUUUUGAUUACCCAAAUAUUAAUAGCGCUUAAGCAUUUACAUAGUAAAAACAUAGUUCAUUGUGAUCUAAAACCGGAGAAUGUACUUCUUAGUUCAAAUUCUGAUUUUCCACAAGUAAAGUUAUGUGAUUUUGGUUUCGCUCGUAUAAUUGGUGAAAAGUCGUUUCGUCGAUCAGUAGUUGGAACCCCUGCUUAUCUCGCACCGGAAGUUCUACGUAAUAAAGGAUAUAACAGAUCUUUAGAUAUGUGGAGUGUUGGAGUCAUAGUUUAUGUAAGCCUAAGUGGAACGUUUCCUUUUAACGAAGAUGAAGAUAUUAAUGAUCAGAUACAAAAUGCUGCUUUUAUGUAUCCAAGAAAUCCGUGGAAAGAAAUUUCACAUGAUGCUAUUGAUCUUAUAACCAAUUUGUUACAAGUAAAGCAAAGAAAACGAUUUACUGUUGAUAAAUCAUUAGUACACGUGUGGUUACAGGAUUAUCAAACGUGGUGUGAUUUAAGAGAACUCGAAAAAUCGACAGGAAAUGGUGUUCGAUUUUUAACUCAUGAAUCUGAUGAUGCUCGUUGGGAAUCAUUUCAAAGGCAUUCAAGGUUUUUAUGAACGUAAUCAAUUUUAAUAUAAGAUGAUUUAAUAAAACAUUCUUUCUAUUUUAAAUUUAUCUCUUCUUUUUAAUGAUUCAAUUUUACUUAUUAAUAUUUUAUUUUAGAAUUAAAAAUGAUAUGUAAUAUAUGUUUUAUUUUAUAAAGCAUAUACUUCAGAUGAUUUUAAUAACUUUAAAAAAUAUUAUAAUAUUUUUGGUUAGCUGUUAAAAAAUCUGCCAAGUCAUUAUAUUUUCCUCUUAUUGUUUUUCAAAUCUUAAAAAUUAAUCUUAGUAUUAUCUAAUUGUUAAUCUUCAGUAUUAUCAAAUAAUGUGAAUUUUUUCUUCUAAACUCUUAGGUACAGGUUUAUAAUUAUAACUAACAUACCUUUUAUUUUAUACUUAUAACUAGUAUUGUAUAAAUAAGAUUUUUAUACUUUUUAUUCAACUACAGUUUGUUUUAGUUAAGUAUUUGUUAUAACAUGUAUAAAACAUUAAAGUAUUAUUCCAUUAUUAAUAAUAAUUUGCUUUAAAACCGACAGCUAAUAAUUUUAAUAAAAUGUUGGUGCUUUAACGUAAUGUUAAAUUUGUAAUAAUUAGUGAUUACUAAUUAUCAAAUUAGUUUACAUUUGAACUAAGACUUUGUGAAGUGCUAAACAUGUCAAUUUAAAUCAAUAAAUGCUUGAUUUCUACUAAAUUAGUAUGAAAAUUACGUGUUUCAUAUACAUGAAGUAUUUCAAUAUGUUAAGUAACAAAUAUUUUAAUACGAAUUUGUCAAUUCGUUAAUCUUGUAAAAUUUUAAUAGUACAUAUUUAAUUAGUUAUAUGAAUAU